AUGAGUGCUAAAUCAUCAAGUCGUACAACAGUACAAAAUACUACAACCGUAGCAAGACCAAGUACACGAACACCAAAACAACAAACUGAUUAUACAGAUCAAGAAGAAGAAUAUAAACGAUUAAAUGCACAACUUGAAGCAAAAACACAAGCACUUGUUGAAGAAGCUGAACAAGUAUUAAGAAAUCAAAAUCGAUUCAUUUCAACAGAUAAUAAUGAUCGAACUUAUAGUUUACUUGAUCAAGUUGAUACAGAUGAUCAAUUAUACGGAGAUUUGCAAGCUGCUUCAUUGAAACCAAAAGAUCUUAAAAAAAAUUCAUCACCAACACAACAACAAGAAAAUUUAUCAACAAGAAAUAGAAAACCAUCUAUUACAAAAUUUCGUCCAAAAAUUGGAGAUGAAGUUGCUAUUGUUGAUGAUAAUCGAUAUGAUCAAUCCAUUGAUCGUACUUUUUUACAAGAUCAAGCUCGAAGUACAUUUGAUAGGACAGUUGCUGACAUUGAAACAAAAAUUAAUCGUACAAAAAUUAGUGUCAAUACAAAUGUUAUUGAUAAUGAUGAUGAUGAUAUUUUUCCAGGUGCUGCAAAAGAUAUGGGUUCUGAGGCUAAAAUUCGUUUUCUUAAAGCACGUCUUCGUGUUAUGCAAGAAGAACUUGAACGAACGCAUACAGAAUGUGUUAAACGUGAAGAAGAAAAUGAACGUAUAAAUUUAAAAGUAAAAGAAUCUGAUGAUGAUCGAACACGUCUUAAUCGUGUUAUAACAACAUUACAAGAUCAAUUAGAAAAAUAUAAAAAAUUAAGUAGCGAUACAAAAUCUAAACUUGAUACAACUGAAGUUGAACUUAAUUCUAUAAAAAAAGAAUAUGAACAAACAAAACGUCACACAAAAAAACAACAACAAGAUCAAACACAAACUGAUACAAAAUUAAAUCGUGCUUUAGAAGAAGCUGAAAGAUAUAAACAACAAUUAAAUAAAAUGCAACAAACAACAAAAGAUAUUAAUGAACAAGAUAAAAAAAAAAUUGAACAAUUAACAAAUGAAAAUCGUCGAUUAGAAAAACAACGAUUAGAAUUAAUGAAUGCUUUUAAAAGACAAUUGAAAUUAAUUGAUAUACUUAAAAAACAAAAGCUUCAUCUCGAAGCAUCAAAAAUGCUUCAAUUCGCUGAAGAAGAAUUUUGUAAAGCAAUUGAAUGGAACACUUCAUAA